AAGUUCUGCAUGUUCGUCCCAGACUUACAGUCUCCAUCUGUGCUGACUGGAGAGGCGACACCAUGAACAAGAUUAUUGUUUAUGAGAAUGCCAACUUUCAGGGCUUGAGCAGAGAGUUCACCUCUUCUGUUCUCAACUUAGUAAAGGAGGACUUUAAUGACUGCAUCUCCUCUCUGAAGGUGAUCGGGAAUCCAUGGGUGGUGUACUCAGACAGGGAUUUCAGAGGUUCUCAGUUUGUCUAUGAGGAGGGAGAAUAUCCCAGAGUGGAGUUCAAUGACCAGAUUUCUUCACUAGAGGUGGUGACGGAGGACCUGAUGUACCCUCAGAUCACACUUUACGAGCAUGAUAACUACAGAGGCAGGACCCUCGUCCUCACCACUGAAACCAACCUGCUCUACGGCUCUUUCCACGACCUGGCGUCUUCACACAAGGUGCAGAGGGGAGCCUGGGUCCUUUAUGAGCACAUUAACAGAGCGGGAGCUCAGAUGGUGGCCAGGGCUUCUCGUGAUGUUCCUAAUUAUGGCUGGUUCAAUGACAGAGUGUCUCACGUGCGCCCUCUGAAGCCUGGCAAACCCAUCAUAAAGUCAGAGAUCCUCUGGGACAAGAAAGAAGAACAUGUCAAAUCUGUUACGAUCGACUCCAUAUGUGGUCUGAACAAAGGGGAACAUGAGCAAAGCUUCUCCACUGAGCUGUUUAAAGAGUACACGGCCUCCGUCACUGACAGCUUCAGCUUUAGCAAUGCAACCCAGAUCACUUGGGGAACAUCCUUCAGUGUAGAUGUAGGCGUAAUGAAAGGAGAGCAGAACUUCUCUUUCAGUAACACCUUCACUGUUGAGAAAGGCAGCAGCAACACCAGAACCGAGAGGAAGAGUAUCCAAAUCACCUUGCCCACCAAAAUAGCCCCCCACACCAAGCUCACUGUGAACGUGUUGAGGAAAGAAGUGGAUGUGAAGGUCCCAGUCAAGCUGACCAUCCAGACAGGUUCCAACUCAAGUGUGGAGUUUGGAGAGUACAGGUGCCAAUCUGGCAACUCCAUCACCGCCGAGUUCAAGGAGGAAAAAAUCUAAUGCGCUGUGAAUCUUACUGAUGCUGAACACUGUCAGUGGCUCUCGAGGGUAUCUGGCCAUCCAGUUGAGAACUGAUGUGACUGAUGUUGAAAUCUGAAGAUUUACUUCUCUCCUCCAGAGCUUGAGACCCUUUACUGUCCCUAAAUACUUCAUCAACAUUAAUACUCAAAGCAAAACAAUCAUGGUUUCUUGUGAUUUUGUCUUUUGGAACCAAUAAACGAAAAAUAUCUAAUCAAAUAAAUACAAAGUUCUAAUAAACAAAA